AUGAAGAAGGUGUUCGCCCGCUUCGAAACGGAUGGGGACGGCAGGAUCUCGCCCUCGGAGCUGGCGGCCGUGUCGCGCGCCAUCGCGCCGCCGGCCACCAAGUCGGCAGGGGGCCGGGAGGUGGCGUCCAUGAUGGACAAGCUCGACACCGACCGCGACGGCUACGUGGACCUCGGCGAGUUCGCCGCCUUCCACGGCCACGGCCGCGGGGAGCGCGAGCUGGACGCCGAGCUGCGCGAUGCCUUCGACGUCUACGACAUCAACGGCGACGGCCGCAUCUCCGACGCCGAGCUCAGCAAGGUCGUGUCCCGGAUCGGCGAGGGUCUGCUUGUUCUUGGCGUGUUGGCGAGCAGAGCGCAUACACCGCGGUGCGCCCCAAGUGGAUGUGGUGGGAGGAGGUGA